AUGCUAGAGUUGUGUUCAUAUAAAGUUACAUCUGUUGAAGUUGCUUCCAUGGGUUUAUCAUUGCUUUCAAGUGGAAAUUCACAUUUCGAUCUUAUAAUGGCAAAUAUCAACUCUCCUGACUUGCACGGUUUUAAUCUUCUACAACUGGGCGUUGUUAUGAACUUACCAGUAAUUCUGAUGUCUGAUGAGGAUGAUGCAUUCAUGGCAAUGAGUGCUCUGCAAAAUGGAGCUUUCCUAUGUAUGACAAAACCGGCAAAAAUGGAGAUGCUGUCCUGCCUGUGGCAGCAUGUUCUGAGAGUGAAGAAACAGAUUUAUAAGGAAAAAGAAAGAUUCAAUGCCAUUGAAGUUAACAACGUGAACGAGGAUGGAGAAUAUGACUUGGAGAAUCGUAAAAAAAGGAUUGAGAGGAAGACACACAUUCAGUGGACUCAAGAACUUCAUGAAAAAUUUAUGGAUGCUAUAGCACAGCUUGGUGAAGGAAGAUGUUUCCCUAAGGAGAUCCAAGAGCUAAUGAAGGUCCCUGGUCUAACAAGAAUGCAAAUAGCCAGCCAUCUCCAGAAAUGUCGGAAUCACAAUUGGCUAGGUCCCCAAGAGCGUCCCCGAGAGCGAAAAUCUCAUCCGGCUUGUACUCCUUCCCAAGAAAAACCAAGAAAAUUUGGGUCUUUACCUCAGUUAGGCAACACUUCGUCGCUCCAUUUCAAGCCCCUGGAGAGCCAUGAAAUCUCUCCUGAAAACGAAUCUAUGCCAAAUGAUGGUGGACAUGGAAAUUGA